AUGGUCAAGCCGCUGACCUUCAAGGGCGACAAAAAGACCAAGAAGCGGAAGCGCGCCGCUGCGGAUCGCGCCGACGACGACGAGCCCGGCGAGUCCAGCACCAGCAGGCAGCAGAAGUUGGUCAGGACCGACAGGGACCGCGACAACAAUGACGAGGACCAGCCCAACGACGACAGUUGGGUGUCUGCCGAUGCCGUCAGCGACGUCGUCGGGCCCGUCAUGAUUGUCCUGCCCACGGACAAGCCGUCGGCCCUCGCCUGCGACCCGAGCGGAAAGGUGUUUGCGCUGCCGAUUGAGAACAUUGUCGAUAAUAAUCCGACGAGCGCGGAGCCUCAUGAUGUCAGGCAGGUUUGGGUAGCGAACCGCGUUGCCGGCACCGAAAACUUUCGCUUCAAGGGGCAUCACGGAAGAUAUCUCGCCUGUGACAAGAUUGGCUUGCUCUCGGCCACCUCAGAAGCCGUCUCCCCCCUUGAAUCGUUCAACAUCAUCGCCACCGCAGACACCCCGGGAACCUUCCAGCUCCAGACGCUCCGCGACACUUUACUCACCAUCAAGCCGUCCACAUCGUCCAAGCCGAAUGCGCCGCCGGCCGAGGUCCGUGGCGACGCCGACUCCAUCACCUUCAACACGACGCUGCGCAUCCGCAUGCAGGCCCGGUUCAAGCCCCGCCUCAGGACGUCCAAGGAGGAGCGCGAAAAGUCAAAGAUUAGCCGCCGCGAGCUGGAGGAGGCGGCGGGGCGGAGGUUGGACGAGGACGAGGUGCGGAUGCUCAAGAAGGCUAAGCGGGAGGGCGACUAUCAUGAGCGGCUGCUGGAGAUCAAAGUGAAGAACAAGCAUGACAAGUUUGGUUGA